AUGGGCGAAAACUCUGACAAUGGAGAACGCACGGUCCAGCUUGCCCCUUUUGCCCUGCUACUAAGUACCUUAGACAGGACAGCAAACGUUCUCAAGUUGGUACAAGAUAUUGCUGAUGCUUGUCGGACACACGAAGACUCAAUCGAAGACGCAUUGCCAUGUUCUCCUAUGCAGGAAUCACUCAUGGCAGCUUCCACAGAACGUGGCAAUUCGUACAUGCUGCAGAUGGUCUCGAAACUGGACAAUCAGGUUCCACUGCAAGAAUUCAAGAGGGCGUGGGAAGCAACUUCAAAAGGAUAUCCUAUUCUGCGCACAAGUAUCGUUCAGCUCGAGCCUCAUGGAUAUGUUCAGGCCGUUGUAAAGGACAGUAUCGAAUGGCAACACUCAGGGUCAGUGAAGGACUAUCUACGAAGCGACUUAGAGCGGUUGAUGACGUUCGGUGAGCCUCUUUGGAGGUUUGGAAUAGUGACCACCGACGAUUAUUCUGCUGGCAAACAACGCUUCUUCGUAUGGACUGCACAUCAUGCUGUUUGUGACGGCUAUUCCAUAGGCCAACUAUUGAAAGGCGCCGCUCUGAAUUUCAAAAGGAAACCGUUGCCUGAAAUCCCACCUUUCAGUCGCUUUAUCCAGCAUCUAAAUUCCAAAAGUGGACCAGAGUCUCAGGAAUAUUGGAGAAAAGAACUUGCCAAUUCUACUUCAAUACCAUUCCCGUCUCUUCCCAGCCGGGUAUUUCAGGCCAACCCAUGUUCAGUUUUCGGGCGCGAUAUCGCAAUUCAAUGGCCUAAACAACUCUCCAUAUCAAAAGCUCUGAUUCUCCAGUCAGCUUGGGCUCUUCUAUUGUCCAAAUAUACAGGCUCUGAUGAUGUAACCUUUGGAACAAUUUCAAGUGGACGCAACACACCAAUACCGAAUAUCCGAGAGAUCGCUGGCCCGGUCUUAGCUUUGCUCCCUGUCACGAUCCAUGUCGAGCAGAGUCUGUCGAUCGAACGCUACUUGAGUGAUGUCUAUGCUCGUGCUGAGAGAAUGGUACCUUAUCAACACACUGGCCUGUCCAGCAUUCGCCGUUUUCUUGGUGAGAAGGCAGCUAGUGUUUGCAACUUCAACAACCUCGUUGUGAUUCAGCCAGGAUCAUUUAUAGGCAAGACAACAGAACUGCUGAAAUAUCUUGGGUUGAGCGUGGUGAGCGAAUUGUGGAAAUACGAAACUCAUUCAUAUCCGCUGGUUGCCACAAUGACAUAUACUGAUGCUGGUUUCCACCUCAAAUUUGAGUACGACGAUCGGAUACUUCACCAUCAGCAACUAGUCCACCUUGCCAACCAGUAUGCAGAGAUUCUGGGACAACUCUGCGCAGCAGCUCCCACCUCUUCCGUUCGAUCCAUUACCAGGCUGUGCCCUAAUGACAAGUCUCAGAUCUUUGCUUGGAAUCAGACCGUGCCAGAAGUACAAGACAGUUGCGUUCAUCACCUCUUCGAGAGACACUUCAAAGAAAGUCCCAAUCACCUGGCACUUUGUUCAUCGGAGAAGACUCUCACCUACUCUGAAGUUGAUGCCAUUGCUUCAGCGUUCGCUAUUGAGCUGAUGAAAAAAGGUGUGGGAGCAGGAACACUAGUUGGUCUUUGCUUUGAGAAGUCUCCCGAGUCACUUCUCAGUAUUCUCGCAAUAUUCAAAGCUGGGGGGACCUUUGUUCCCCUUGACCCUUUUCAUCCGAGGAGCAGAAUUGAGGAAAUAAUGGACAUCACUCAGAUGCAAUUUGUGAUUACGUCUAGCACAUAUUGCGAGCUGUUCAAAGACAUGGAUGUCAAAUUGAUUGGCUUUGGUAACACCGUCCUCGAGCGAGAGAAUGCUGUUGAUGUGGGUGUCAUCGAUAUAACCAACCCUAGCAAUGCAGCAUACAUUAUGUUUACCUCUGGCAGUACUGGCAAGCCAAAGGGUGUAGUAAUGUCCCAUUCAGCCGUUUGCACAAGCAUCAUGGACCAUGGUGAACGCCUAGGAUUCAGACCUGAAUGGAGAGUUCUGCAAUUCUCGUCACAUACCUUUGAUGUAAGCAUCGCAGAGAUUUUCACGACGCUAGCUUUCGGAGGCUGUGUUUGCAUUCCCUCGGACCAUCAACGACUUAAUGGUCUCGAUCAGACGAUUCGCGACCUCGGUGUCAAUGUGGCGCUGUUGACACCCACUGUUGCUAAUUUGCUCGUCCCAGCAGAACUUCCCGCGUUACACACAUUGAUCCUCGGAGGAGAGGCUAUUAGUCGGGACCAUAUUACUCGUUGGGCUGGACAAGUGCGAGUGGCCAAUGGAUUUGGGCCAACGGAGGCUUCCAUCUACUGUUCGGUGAACGAGAAUCUCUCUGUCGAUGAUGCUACGAAUAUCGGUACCGCCACAGGUGGAAACAAUUGGGUCGUCGAUCCUAACAACCACGACUUGCUCAGUUUGAUUGGAUGCAUUGGAGAGUUGGUUGUUUCGGGAUCAAAUAUCGCUCAAGGAUAUUUUGCGGAUGUUGAAGCCACAAAUUCAGCAUUUGUACCUGCUCCGUUAUGGCUCUCGGAAGCUGGACAUUCCUCUUCCAGAAUAUACAAGACAGGGGAUCUGGUGAGAUACAAACAUGAUGGGAGCAUGCAAUUUAUAGGUCGAAAAGAUACGCAAGUCAAAGUUCGGGGUCUCAGGAUCGAGUUAGGAGAGAUCGAAAAUCACAUUGCUGGACUCACCGAUGUCUCUGGUGUUCUUGUUGUCCUACCCUCAUCCGGUCGUAGCACCGGUAAGCUUGUGGCAGUCGUGUGUUUCUAUUCAGGACUUCGUGGUGGACCCGAAGAUGCCGUUAUCGAGCUGAACCCAAAUUUGGUCAAAGAGAACACUGACGCACGGUUCCGAGAUAUCUACGAUCAACUGGCUUCAAAGGUGCCUGAGUAUCUGAUUCCAUCCACCUGUGUGUCGGUAAAAAGGAUACCACUUACGAGUUCUGGGAAGAUGGACCGGAAAACAGUCAAGACUUGGGUGGAGAAUAUGUCUCUCAAGACGUACAGGCUCAGCUCGAGAAGCUUUGGAGAUUUCAGCAAAACCAAAUCCAACGGGGCUCAAGAAUUCCCACAAGGUUCCCUAAUUUCGGAGCUACGUCUCGCCUGGAGUGGGGUGCUGAAUGUCCCCAUAGAAGAGCUUGAUGCAGAUACCACGUUCCUGAGUGUUGGAGGAGAUUCAAUCUCUGCGAUCCAGCUUGUGACCAAGUGCAAGAAGAUGGGCAUCUCCAUCAGCAUGCGGGACAUUCUCAAAGCCCGUACUCUACGAAAUCUAGAGGCGCUUGCAUCUCGGAUACGCCCUGUCGAUCACUUAGAAACUAUCAAAAUAAUUCCUUCCAACGAGUUAUUCGAUCUAUCUCCAGUCCAAAGGAUGUUCUUCGCUCAAAACCAAACAAAUUCCGGGUCUGGACGGUAUAACCAAAGCUUUACCGUCAGAUUGGCCAAAACCAUAUCACCGGGAGUCCUCUCGGUCGCAUUCGACGCUGUCGUGAAGAAACACCCCAUGUUGCGAGGAAGGUUUGUUCAAAAAGACAACAAUUGGCAGCAAUUCUAUGCUGAAAUGGAUCCAUCGAGCUACCGCCUCAAAGUUCAUGGACUCCUAUGCGUAGAUCGAGUGACUAGCAUCGCUGAAGAGGCGCACUCGAGUAUCAGCAUAACCAAAGGCCCAACCUUUUCGGUUGACAUCUUCGACUUAGACAUGAAAUCGGAGAUCUUAUUUGCUGCACAUCAUCUCGUUGUCGAUCUGGUAUCUUGGAGAGUGAUACUUGAAGAUUUGGAAGACUUUGUAAAUACUGGAUCAUUAUCAGCACCCGCAAGCACUCCCUUUUCAUCAUGGAGUCAAGCUUUGCGAGAGAGAUACGAUCAAAGUUUGUCAGUACAUGAAAGAUUGAUUGCCAUCGAAUCUGAUAUCGCCGAGUUCUGGGGCAUCUCACAAGAAGACAACACCUACGGCAUGACUGAGAAGGUAUCCUGGACGCUCGAUCCCGAGUCUACGCAGUCACUUCUCAAGGCAGGGUACUCGAGAGUCAGGUACGAGCCCGUCGAUAUGAUGAUAUCUGCUUUGGUUUACUCAUUCCAACAAACGUUUGUCGAUCGAGGAAGUCCGACAGUUUUCCUUGAAGGCCAUGGACGGGAACCUUGGAAGCCGGCGCUCGACAUCAGUAGUACUGUUGGUUGGUUUACAGUCAUGUAUCCAAUCUUUGACUUCCCGACGCCCGACACUAGAUUUCUUCCGACAUUGAAUCAUGUAAGAGGUGCUAGAAGAGCACAAUCGGAUAAUGGUCUAGAUCAUUUCUCACGCAGCAUGUUUCACCUAGACAAAGAACCCACAACUAGUCAUGCUUUAGCUCGAGAAAUUCUCUUCAACUAUCAAGGUAUCUACAAACAAUUUGAUGAGCAGAGUUCCCUUUUCGAGCUCGUAGACUAUGAGAGACUUGAGAAAACAAUGACAGGCUCUGGCAUCCGACGAAAUGCUAUCUUUGAAGUUGAAGCGAGAGUUCGGGAUGGAAGGCUUGAAUUUUCACUGGCGUACAACAAGAACUCCAGGCAUAAUCAGAAGAUUGGUCAUUGGGCGAACAAGACCAAGGUGGUUCUGGUGGACAUCCUACUUGAGCUGUCAAAUUCUAUUGCCUCACAUUCCGUGAGGAAUUUCCUAGAUCAAAGAUUCAGCGACCUGCAAAGGCAGCAUUUCGACAACAUGCUAAGAGAGAAGCUUGGGGGAAGGCAUGAUCUGCUGAUCGAAGACGCACAUCCUUGCACCCCAACGCAAAAGCAAAUGCUAAAGAGUCGAAAGAGCAAUCCCUUGACCUUCCGUGUCAAAUGGGGCAUUGAAAUAUCAACGAGGUCAGGAAAUCUAAUAUCUGUGGGGGACCUAGCCAAUGCAUGGCGAGAAGUAGUUGGGCGGCAUGCAAUGCUCCGAACAACUUUUCUGUGCGAAGAUUUAGACAAUUGUCCAGCACUCCUUCAGGUCGUCAUCCAAAGUCCAGAGCCCGACAUUACGAUUCUACACGAGAUUUCGAAUGACGAAACGACUGAUUCAUCAAAGCUUGAUCUGAACUCUCGACUACUCCCUCAUCAUCUCACCAUCCUGACGACUCCAUCCGACUCCGUAAAAUGUACAUUCGCUGCUCAUCACUCACUCCUAGAUGGCUUUUCUCUUCGCCUCAUCAUGCGCGAUUUCCUGGCGGCAUAUCAGCAUACUCUGCCUUCAGCGGCAGCACCCAUAUUUGGCGAUUGCGCUUCUCUAUUCUUGGAUCAUCAACUCAAUGUUGAUCAACAGACUUCUUAUUGGGAAGACGUUCUCAAGACCCAACCUCCAUGCAUACUUCCUGCCUCUUAUCCUAGCUCUCACUCCAGCACGGCCUCGCCGGGUUCCAACUACACUACCAUUACGCUCUCUAGUAUCCCAGUAUCGAAGAUUCAAACCUUCGGCUCAGAAUAUGGACUCACAAUUUCAAUCCUAAUAGACGCCAUCUGGGCUCUUACUAUCGCCUCCUUGAUGUCGCCUCAAACCCAAUCAUCCAUUUGCUUCGGAUACGUAACUUCACUACGCCCCUACUGUCUUUCCGCAUUUCCUCUGGCAGACGAGGUCGUGGGCCCAAUGAUUACCGUCUUACCUUACCAUUUACAAAUCAGCAGUAUGCCUUCUCUCAACCCAGGCAGUGAUGUGGUUGCUCUUGCCGGAGAAAUGCAAGAGCAGCGCGCUCAAGACUCUGAAUAUGUAUUUGACGAUAUCGAAGCUGCAAUUGAGAGGCUAGGCAAAGGGAAGUUGUGGAAUACCGGUACGAACUUUCAGCAUGUGGGGCCAAGUGAAAAGGCUACUGAAAUGGAGGAUUUACAAAUCAAAGACUUGGACUGGAGUGAUCCUUGGGAUUUUGAUAUCAUGGUUCGCAUUUUCGCAGACGAGCAAGUAGUCAAUGUGAACUUGGAAUUCGAUACUGUGGUCUUCUCUCAGGAAGAGAUGAGAAGAGUAUCUGACUGCUUCGAAGGGCUGUUGAAAAAGAUUUUUGAGUAG